AUGAACGACAAUAUGGAAGAAUCGUACUCGAUGUACCCAGCUACUUCAUCAACUCAACCACCUCCACAGGGCAAUAUGAGAAUGCCAAUUUAUCAGAAUCCGAUCCCUAUGUACGGGUACCCGCAGUCUCCUUAUAUAUAUGCCACACAAACUCCAAACUACCAUUACAAGAUGAUGAACUCGAACCAGUCCAUCCCCUAUCAAGGCAAUGCAGGCAUACCCCACCAGAAUCAUGCGAACGGUGGAAUGAAGAAGAAAUGGAACAGCAACAAUAAUACUGGGAACUACUUAGGAGGUACUGGAAGCACAGCCAUGAAUCCUGCCAAGUCACAGCCAUACUACCCAAACCAAAACUACUAUUCCAACCAUUUAGCCAUGAAUGCAGGCCAAAACGUGUCUGGUUCUAAUAGUAAUAAAACUAGCACCCCUACUGUCUCGUACGACCCUUACAAAUUUGAUGUCUCCAAAACCAAGGCAAAGAUGUCAACGGAUAUCAACAAAUGCUUCCCGCUGUUUAUCAACACUGAUGCAAAAGAAUUCGCUGAGGCAAGAGCGAAAACACAUAACAUAAGACUGGAAAAGGCCAAAACUGUACAAUAUAUCACCGUCCCAUCGACUAAGACAGAGGAAAAUAAACAGGCAUCAAAUGACGUAAGUAUCGAGAAAAGCGUGAAGACUUCCAAGACUGAAGGCACUACAGAGCCAAAACCAGCGGAAGUCGAGAAGCCCACACCCAAGAUCACUACAUCCGAUAAAACAAAGAAAACAGCAGACGUAACUGUAGAUGACGUGCAAUCUCUUCCUACUGUGAAGAAGUCGCCUAAGGAGGAAACACCUAAACACUUGAAGGCCGUUGAGGAUGGACAGACACAACCUCCCAAGGUAUCAACAUUGAAGAAAGAUGACGAGAAAAAGAAGGCAAAGGCGUCAUCGGUAAAUUCUACACCUGAAAGUCCAGUUUCAGUCACCCCAACAGAAACACCUGCCAGCGCGGAUGCACCUUUGUCAGGCACAAGCUCUGCUUCCGUGUCCACUAUGAAUAAGACCCCUGCUCGGUCGUGGUCUGCUGUAGCAUCGUCAUCUGUACCAAAGGGUAAACCAGUCACAUUGAGUAGCCACAAAUCACUACAUUCUCGUACCUCAUCUCAAACUCCACCGGCUGUCCAUUUACCACAAAAGAAGGACAAGAAAUAUGUGCCUCCCUCCACGAAAGGGUCUGAACCGUUAGGGGCUCUUGCAUUGAGAAUGUGUUUUGACCCGGACUACGUAAAUUACUUUUUGAGUAAGAGCAUCGACAUGCGUACCAAUCUACCUGUGAAGAGUAUCAUACCUAGGGGUAUUGUCAACACAGCCAAUAUUUGCUUCAUGAGUUCUGUUCUUCAAGUGUUGCUGCACUGUAAGCCGUUCGUUGACAUUUUGAAUGUAUUAAGCACCAGGAAUCCUAACUCUAAGACGGGUGCCAUGUCAUGCAAACUUACCGAUGCUCUCACCACCUUAUACAGUGAAUUUGACCGUGAGAACUUUGAGGAGGAGAAAAGAGAAAUAGAGGCAAAGACCAAACCGGCUGUCCCCACGGGCGGGAAGAUUCCAUACGCUGCUGUGUCCGAUGCGAUCAAACCGGACAGCUUUUACAUGAUUUUGUCUAAGAUCCCCAAGUUUAAAGAUCUGCAAUGGGGCCACCAGGAGGAUGCUGAAGAGUUUUUGACUCAUCUGUUGGAUCAACUGGAGGAAGAGUUACUGGCCGCGAUUGAGUGUCUAUCUGAAAAUGAGAUUCAGAACAUCCUACAGAGUAUCAACGAUGAGAACUUGAAGAUUUUUUUCAUUCGGAACUUGGCUCGUUAUAAGAAUGCGGAUUUUAUGAAGAACAUAUCCUUUUCUUUGAAGAGUUUGAUUGAAAGGUACGGCACGAUCAACGAUGACGAGAACGACGAGAACGACGGCGAUGGAUGGCAUGAGGUUAGUUCUACGAGUAAGAAAGGUAAGAAAACCAAGAUGGCUGCGAAGAGAACUGUUGAAGUGGUUCCAUCGCCGAUUUCCAGUUUGUUUGGAGGGCAGUUUAGGUCCGUGUUAGACAUACCGAACAACAAGGAAUCACAGUCGAUUACUUUAGAUCCCUUCCAAACGAUCCAGUUGGACAUUUCCGAUGAGGAGGUCAACGAUUUGGAGAGUGCGUUCAAGAAAUUCAGCGAGUUUGAGUUUUUGCCCUUCAAAGGUUCGAACGGUCAAGACGUCCAAGCUAAGAAACAAACUUUCAUUGAUAAAUUACCUCAGGUGCUGUUAAUCCAGCUGAAGAGGUUUUCGUUUGUGAACAACACUGAACAAGACAAGACGAUGGCGAACUACAACUCGUACAAUGGCCGCAUUGAGAAGAUCAGAAAGAGGAUAGACUACCAACACCAGUUGACAAUCCCUGUGGAGUCUGUGUCGCAGCACUUGGGCAAGGGGAAAGAAUCCGGAGAGACGCUACGAAUUGACCGGUGUGAUAUACCACCACGGUGUGAGCUCGAACGGCGGGCAUUACACCGCGGACGUUUUCCACAAGGAGGGGAACACAUGGUACAGAAUCGACGAUGUGGCCAUUACGAAGCUGGACUCUGCCGAUGUGUUAGCGGACGACGAAAAUGGGAUCGGUUCCCGGACAGCAUACAUCCUCAUGUACCAAAAAACCGAGUAAACGCCGGGGGGGGGAGAUGA